AAUGUAUACAUAUAUUUUAUUUUAUUUCAGGACAUUUGGGAUUAUUUUUUGUUCUGGCGUAGUAAUUUAGACGUGGCAUUUCCGUCAAAAUGGUUGUCAACAAGAAAAUGAAAGUAUCGGAAUGUCAUCUAAAGAUCACCUAUGUGUUGUAACAGUUGCUUCCUGUUUUGAUUAAUAAUAUAAUAUUAACAAGUGAAAUUACAGACAAUAAUCAUCAAGCUUUUAAAAGUAACUAUAGGUCGUUCAUUGAUUGUUGUUGGAACAAGUUUUGAAUCAUAGUAUUUUACAUCAGGGUUUGUCAGGUAAUCUACUACUGUCAACCAUGGCAAGUCUUGUUGCCAUUUGUGAGCCAGAUGUAAAAUACGACUUUCAGCGUAGGCAAGUACCUAUUGAAGUUGAUAACAUGAAGAUGGUUAUUCAGUUCACUGACAAAUGUGUUGACUGUGAAAAGUUGUAUGGUGUCAAACAGAGAGAUCUUGAACAUUUCACUAACAAAUUCAAUACUCUUACAAAAGAUGAAGUAGCUGUGGCGCUUCUGGUGUCUGGAAAAGACAUAAUGUCGUUGUUAUCACACAUGGUACCCUGUGUUGGCUGUAGGAAAAGUGUGGAGAGAUUAUUUUAUCAGUUACAGAAAUCACAGCACCCGGCCUUAGAACCAUUAGUGAUUACGCCUAGAGGAGAAUUGUCCGUCCAACUUGAAUACUUGUUUGACCCUCGCUCGCUCUUUGCAUUAUUCCAUGUUCAUGGUUCCAAAUUGCAUUCUGUGGUAGAAUCUAUAUCAAAAGGCAAAAAGAAUAAGAGAUGCAAUCUACAUUCUCUGGAGACACACAAGUCUAGAACAUUGGGGUGUUGGUUAGAUGCUUGGGAUGCACUUUCAGAGACAUGCAGAGAAAAAGUUCUUGUCAUUGAUAUGAAGAGGUUAUUGAACACAGUAGACUCUUACUUAGACAAACACAAAUUUUGUGGUGAAUGCAAGUCCAAAGUAAUGUUAGCAUAUAAUAUCCUGAUAGGGGAAGUAGAUAGUACCACAGAGAAAGGUUACUGUGCAGCCCUUUACGAGAACCUCCGUUGCUGUGCAAAAGAGAAACAUGUCCAUGUACUCAAUGACACAGAGUUUAUAGCUCACCUUUUAGAGAAAGCUGAACCGGAAUUUUUAGGAGGUAAAAGAGACAGACAUGCUAAAACCUUAGACAUUGCUCAAGAAGAAGUGCUGACUUGUUUAGGCAUUCAUAUAUUUGAACGUCUCCAUUGUAUCUGGCAAAAACUGCGCAGUGAGGAGCAGACCUGGUUGAUACUGUUUUAUAUGGGAGUAGAUGCAUUAAGGAAAAGUUAUCAAGCUGCCUUGGAGGAGAAACAAGGAGCUUCCAAUCUGGAGCUUCUCUGUGAAGAAUUGGAAGAGAAAGAAAAACGCCAAGAGGUAAAGAAAGAGAUGAAGCGACAAAAGAAAAAGCAAAAGAAAGCAAAAACUCAGCACUGUCCUGUGAUCAGUACUUCUUCCGACAUGAUGACUGUAGAUGACAUUCCUUGUCAGUGUUCUAAUUUAGAAUCAGAGGAUAAUUAUCACCAUCGUCACAGUGGUGAUGCCAACUUUAACUCAUUGACAUUGUCCUUACAAAGUUGUGAACUCAGCUGUCCUACAAGACACAGUUUACACACUGCAGAGACAGUUGUCAAAUCCACCAGACAUGACAGAUGGGAGGACCCUGCAGAGGUGGAUAGUUGUGAAAGUUGUAGUAUGCAUGGGUCCAAUGAAGGCUCUGAAGAAGGUGAAUGCUCAGGUUCCUGUACAGAAAGUCUUGACAGUUGUGAAUGUGAUAUGUUAAGGUUUUCUCCGAAGAGAACAAAGGGACAGCAUCAGAUUAAUUUCAUAUCAAGUUGUCAUAAUAAUAAAUUUGCAUUCCAAGCAAGUGAACAGCCAUCACUUCAAGAUUUAUUAGAUGAGCUGUGUUGGGAAGGAGAUGGUGAUGACCCAGGCAUAUCAGAAGAAGAAAUCCUUGAAUUCAAAGCUCGACAAGUGGAGGUUGAGAGCAAACGACAAAAGCUGCGACAAAGUCUACGCCAGAGGUUUGAAGAACUACACAUGUCGAGGCAUCUCAGCACUAUCUAGCUUGAAACUCUCUCGGAUCCUGUUAUAAUUAUUGUAUUAAUUUAUUGAAGUCUACCUACCUUUGUCUGUCCUUUUAUUUCAUCUCUUCAUAUUUAUGCAAACAUGCAUUUUAAAUUAUAAUAUGCAAGUGAUCCCCUCCCUUCUUUGUUUCAUUGAUUUAAUAUGAACAAGUUUGAACAUUUUUAUUUCACACGUUUUAAUAUGUAUAAAAGAAGCCUUUCUUAUCUCUUUUAACUACCAACUUUUGGAAAUAAAUAUUUACAGUUUGACACUAAUGAAUUAACAAUAUUGUAGGAUAAUCAAUGGCCUGAGAAUAAAGUUAUUAAAAUCGCUCUACAUGUUACAAAAAAUAUGUGAAGUUUACACUAUUCAGUCAAGGAAUUUUUUCUUUGCUAAAUAAAUACAGUAACAAUAUGUUCCUCUAGCAAGGUUGCAAGUCGUGGACAACUUGAAAUAACGGCUAAUUCCCUUUAUUAGUAAUUGUUUUUCGAUUGUUUAGCAAUUUUUCGUAUAAUUUAUGUAAGUCUAAUUAUUCCAGAAGAUAUAGGAUGUAGUUUUGCUAUUGGUCUCUCAGACUUUCAUCAGUGUAUGUUUUUUCUUCCUUUCUUGAAAUCAGACUUUUAUUAUCUCAAUGAAAAUAGAGUAUGUCUAGCUUGUUAGAAGCAGUUUCUGAACUAGAAUGUUGUUCAUGUUUUAUUGAAUGAAACUCAGUCCUUUGUUAUGCAAAUGAAUAUAGUUUUUUGAUACCUCAUUAUUUUUAAAAUUUACGGAAAGUAAUAUUAUUUUUUUAUAUCUUUAGAAGUACAAUAGUAGCAAGGAUUCCAUUGAAUUUUGAGUACAAAGUCAAAGCAUUCAAACAUAGUUCGUUGACAUGAUGUAUCUGUAUGGGGGAUGGAGAACAUGUUUCUGAUUCUUAAUCUUUUUACCUCAUAAGUCUGCUUGAUUUUUUUUUGUCUUUAUUUUGAAAAACCCAUUACAACUUAUAUUAACUAGGAUCAGUGUUUCUCCAUAUUUUGUUCCUCCUAAGCAACACUUGAGUAGUCCUUCUACAGGUCUUUUAUCAACUCUCAAAUUUUAUUCUUUAGAGGCAUAGCCUGCCAUUACUAAAAAAUUUCUUUGACUACCCCAGUGGUGUUUUUAAUACCCCUAGUUGCUAAUCUAUAGUUGGAAAAUUAUAAAAUCUGUAAAAGAAAUAAUAAUAAUAAAAAAUUAAUUAAUAAGUGAACAAGGACACAUGACAAUCAUUGUGGUAACAGUGGACAAAUUUGUUAAUAUCUUAGCCAAAAGAACUGUGAAAUACUAUUAAAAAUGUAAUGUAGAGGAAUAUACAGCAGGUACUUAAGGGUAAAAAAUUAUAUGAUACGGAAACAGUUAUUUUAAAAUCAUUUAAUGAUUUUAGAGCCACACCAAGAGCGCCAUGCCAUUUGUAACCAGCUUAUUCAUUGCACCAUUCAGUCUUGUCACAAUGCCUUUCAUCAGUACCUCAGGCUGUAUGUAUUCUUCUAGUGGAUGUUUUAGAACUUGAUAUAAAUAUAUAUACUUAUAUAAUAUAUUCUAUUUUGUACAGUAGAUGGGCUUUACCUCACAUAUACAAGUCUUUGUUGAUCAUCAUUUAUGCAAAACAAUAAUAAAUGUCAAAGAAAAAAACUCAGAAAAUGUUUGUGAUAAAUUGUGUUUCCCUCCCAGAAUGUUUCUUGUUCCAAGACUGAAUAGUUGUUUGGUUCUAUUUCUUUGAUAAACUUUAGAUUCUGUGAAAGCUUUAAAACAAACAUUUUUUUUUUAGUCUUGAAUUAUGACAUUUUAUGCAAAAAAAAUUUUUUGUCAACAAGUUAAUGUUAUUGUGAGGUUUCAUCACUCUAACUAGAGAGUGAAUUUAAUUAAUGUGACUACAUAUUUGUUCUUUCAAUCUCAUCCUUUUUGUUUGUGUUAUAAUUGUCAGCCUUUCAUGUAUGAAUAGUGUCAAUGUUUGUGAAAGUGCGAGUCAAGGUGAUCUAUACAGAUGUCGUGGAAUAAUAAACACAUUCAAUAUGACUUGAAAAAAAACUUCAGAAAUGUU